ACUUGUUCAAAAAAGUAUCAGGAGUUGUCAAGGCAGAGAGAGAGAGUGUGUGUGUUUGCAAAAGGGGGUAAAGUAGUUUGCUGGCUCUUUAAGACUGAGGUGGAGAGAGAGAGAGAGAGAGAGGCAGGCAGAGAAAAGGGGAAAAGGAGGAAGAAGUUUUUUAAAAUCAAGGCUCCGGUGGUAAUAAUAGCUGUUAUUAGUAUUAUUAAUCCAUCAGAGAAGAGGAAGAUCCUGAUCUUGAUCCAAGUGUGGUUUUGGGGAGUCCCCCUCCCCCCUUUCCUACCCCUCCCUAGGAAAAAAAAAAAAAAAAAGUCCGGCUUGGGACUUCGCUGCGGCUGCUCCUCGCUUCUCUGCUCAAGGCUGGUUCCAGGCAAAAGUAGUUUGAAUGUACAACAUGAUGGAAACCGAGCUGAAACCUCCCGCCCCCCAGCAAACUUCGGGGGGAGGCACAGGCAACUCCAACUCGGCCGCCAACAACCAGAAGAACAGCCCGGACCGGGUCAAGCGCCCGAUGAACGCGUUCAUGGUGUGGUCCCGCGGCCAGCGGCGGAAAAUGGCCCAGGAGAACCCGAAGAUGCACAACUCCGAGAUCAGCAAGCGGCUCGGGGCGGAGUGGAAACUUUUAUCCGAGGCGGAAAAGAGACCCUUCAUUGACGAAGCCAAGCGGCUCAGAGCUCUGCACAUGAAGGAGCACCCGGAUUAUAAAUACCGACCCCGGAGGAAAACCAAGACCCUCAUGAAGAAGGAUAAGUACACGUUGCCGGGGGGCUUACUGGCACCGGGCACCAAUACCAUGACGACUGGGGUAGGGGUUGGGGCCACCUUGGGAGCUGGGGUGAACCAGAGGAUGGACAGUUACGCGCACAUGAACGGCUGGACCAACGGAGGCUAUGGGAUGAUGCAAGAGCAACUCGGCUACCCGCAGCACCCGGGGUUGAACGCGCACAACGCGGCGCAGAUGCAGCCCAUGCACCGCUACGACGUGAGCGCCCUGCAGUACAACUCCAUGACCAGCUCGCAGACUUACAUGAACGGAUCGCCUACCUACAGCAUGUCUUACUCCCAGCAAGGGACCCCGGGCAUGGCCCUGGGCUCCAUGGGCUCGGUGGUCAAGACGGAAUCCAGCUCCAGUCCCCCCGUAGUCACUUCCUCGUCUCAUUCAAGGGCUCCUUGCCAAGCUGGGGACCUUCGGGACAUGAUCAGCAUGUAUCUACCAGGUGCUGAAGUACCAGAACCAGCUGCCCCAAGCAGACUUCAUAUGUCCCAACACUACCAGAGUGCACCUGUUCCUGGCACAGCCAUUAAUGGCACACUCCCUCUAUCACAUAUGUAAGACAAAGGGGCCGGGGGCGGGAGGGGGGGAGGGAAGGAAAACUAAACAAAACAAACAAACAACAACAAAAAAUACUUUUAUUAGAAAUCCUGGACUUUUUUUUUCUUUUCUUUUCUUUUUCUUUUUUUUUUUUUUUUUGGACUAUUUUUGUACAGAGAAAACUCGGGGCGGGCGUGGGGGUGGGGGGAGCAGAAAUUAAACCGACAAGGAACUUGUAUAGAACUCGGAGGGGAAGCAAUUACAGAAAACUUUUAAAAAGUUCUAGUGAAAACGGUAGGAACUUUGCAGAAACUUUGCAAAAGUCUUUACCAAUAAUAUUUAGAGCUAGACUCAAAGAGCGAAGAGGAAAAUGUUUUAAUAUUUGCAGGCCACUUUUGUACAGUAUUUAUCAAAAGAAACAUGGCAAUCAGAAUGUCCAUUGGUAAUACAGAGAGGAGGGAAAAAAAAUACAAAAAACCCAAACAAACCCAAACAACUACCGAAUUGGCCAAUUAUUUUUUACAAACAGAGUCUACUUGGAGCAUUGUGGCUUUGGCAUCUGAAUUUAUAGCAGCUGCGAGAGGAGAAGAAAUUAUUUUACAGCAUUUGGACAUUGAAAUUGUUUUAGACAUUGUACAAAAGACAAAACAGGUAAGAUGAGUAUUUGCGAACCAUGGGCUUGGUUUGCUGUGAAAGGGCAAACGUUUAGAUUGUACUAAAUUUUAUUAUUAUUUUUUUUUACUUCUUGUUAAAAAGCAAAAAUUGCCAUGCAGGUUCACACGCCGUUUGUUAAUUUAUAAUAACUUUUUGUUUCCAGACUUCAUCCUGUUCAAGGGAAAAAAAAAAAAAAAAAAAAAAAGGAAAAAAACACCCAACCUGAAAUUACUGUGUUUGAAAUAUUUUCUUAUGGUUUGUAAUAUUUCUGUAAAUUUAUUGUGAUGAUAUUUUAAGUUCUUUUUUUUUUUUUUCCUCAUUUUCCGUAGUUGUAUUUUAAAGAUUCGGCUCUGUAUUAUUUGAAAUCAGUCUGCCGACAGUCCAUGUAUAUAUUUGAACUAAUACCAUCCUUAUAACAGGUACAUAUUCAAGUUAAGUUUUUACUCCAUUAUGCACAGUUUGAGAUAAAUAAAUUUUUGACAUAUGGACACUGAA